UGUGUGUGUGUGUUGCAGAGCUGAGGUCUGUGCAGGAAAGCGAGGAGCUGAUGGUGAACGUGGCCGCCGCCAUCAACAACCUGUCCUUCUACCAGGAGGACGGCUCUCCCAUCAGACGCCAUCAGCUCGCCAUCGCAAAGCUGAUGCUGAAGCUGGUGUUCAGCUCCAGUAUGGACGCCAUGCUGGAGGCCACCCGCGUCUACGGAAACUUGUCACAGUCCAAGGAGGUGCGAGAAUUCAUCGUCCAACACAAAGUGCACCGCUUCACGGUGACGCUGCUCGACUCAAAGAGCGCUGAGAUGUGUUUUUCAGCCUGCGGGGUCCUCAUCAACCUGACUCUGGACCCUCCCAACAGGGCCUGUCUCUCACUGGAGGGGGCUUCUGCAAAGCUGCUGGACUGUCUGACAGACCUGGGUCCAGGUGACUGGCAGCUGGCGGGCCACGUCUGCCAGGCCAUGUGGAACCUGACCGGCGGCUGCUCAGAGUCUCUGCUGGAGGCGCAGGAGAGCGAAUGGCUGCUGGAGAUCCUCACCACGUACUCAGAUGAAGAGGAGGCCCUGAAGUGGAUAGAAGAUGAAGAUGAGAGGGACUUCCACAGGGCAUGCUGGGAGUUGCAGUUCCUACCUGUUGCUCAGAAGCUGAUGAAGGCGCUGCAGCGUCCGGACCCGACAGCCUGAAACACUCGUAGUUCAGAGCUUUAGACCGGUUUGCCUUAUAAAGACACUGAAUUUAUAUUUUAUCUCCAAACACUCACCUCCUGUGGCUUUGUGAAGAGGCUUGUUAGGUUUUGUUUUUAUGGAGGAAACAAGUGAGUCUGAAUUCAGAUCAGUGACCUCAGCGAUGAGCUGUGAAGUCAGAAAAAGUACCAAGAUUCCCAGAGAAGCGUCUCGACUGUAAUCCUCUGAAUAUGCCCAGUAUGCUGCAAUCAGUCAACAUUUUGCCACCUCAUGACUAACUACUAUAAAGCUGAGUGCAGCUGCUGUUUUUCACAGAGGAUGAAGUUACAAACGUUUUACAGCCAGUUUUAAAGGCUGCAGAUGGUCGACGUGAAACACUCACAGCACGGACAAAAGAGCCCCGGCCUCAGCUUCACUUCUAGUUAUGGUCCUUAUGCACAUUACUGGAAGGUAAAAUAUAUAUGUAUAUAUAUAUAUAUAUAUAUAUAUAGGUGAAAAGAUUUGUUUUUCCAGAUCUGUGUACUCUGUAAUACGCAGGGACCCGUUUGAAUUUCCAUCCAUGUUUAAUUUGUGUUUAUCUGUUUUCUGAGCUCCAUAUUUUUUAUUUUUUAUUUUGUGAAGAUUAUCUUGAGCCUUUACGUGCACUUUAACUUUACUUCCACAAAGCCUGCUGAAGCAUUCAGUUCUGGGUACCUUUACAUAUAAAACACAAACCUUUGUACAUUUAUACUGACUUGCGCUGUUCUGUACGUAGGUUCUGUUAUAACCGGAUCAGAUGACUGACCUGGAUUUUUACCUCGUAACUAAACCUUUUAUUGUCUGUGAAUUGUGUGAAGUUUGAACUUGUACAUAAUAAAACACAGCAAAGUGGAAGAAGUGUUUGUUGCUUCUCAAAGCCUUUAUUAGACACAGAUAUGGGGCCAGGCAGUGCUUAUAACACCAAGUAGCCAGAGUACAGCAUUUCAAAAUCACAUCGUUAUUACAUCAAAAGAAAUCAGAAACGGCACUUAAUGUAAAACCCACAGCGUCCCCAGUUCUCACACAGCAGUGACCUUAAACAACCACAAGACGGGCCGGUGCUUCAGAACCCCUGAACCCUCAGACACUGUUCAGGUUGAUAUGAAGGACAGGUGGCUGGCGGAUAUUAAAAAACACUUUCCUGUUCCAUAAGUUGUCUGAAAUUGAAAGUCACAGAAAUGUGAGGAGAGUUUGGUCAGCGAGGAGUUGGUGCUGGUGACUGACCAGUACUGACCAGUACUGACCAGUUCUGACCGACUGGCCUCUGAGGCCUCGGUGGGAAACACCCUGACUACAGACAGGCUACCAGCUUCACCUGGGAAUCGAAGCUGCUUUUCUCCAGGUCAGGUGUGACAUGGGGAGGGCGGGGAUAAAAGGAAAGCGAAGUACGGUGUCCUACCAGAAACUUCCCCCUUUAUCUCGAUUGUUAGUCAGGACCAAACGGAAACUCUGACCUGGAGCGCACCAGAGGAAGACCAUCGGCUGGCUCGCAGUGAGUCACACAGGUCUGAACAAAUACAGUAGAAUGAAAUUCACAUGAAAUCCCUGGACUGAGCGAUGACAAACUGAACUGGUCCCCUGAGUUCAGCUUGAUGAAGUCAGCUUUAUUCUCAAAGAGCUGAGUGUACUUUGGAGCAGAAGUAAAACUCCAGGUCUGUUCAUGAGUCAUCUUUUGCAUAACAGCACUCCAGCAUGCUUACUAAUGAUCGCGGGUCAUUUAGACGUUUCUUGUGCAGCUGAGCAGUAGAAGUGAGCUGAUGGUGAUUGUGCUGUGGUCGUGUUGGUCUCUCCACAUCUGAUACCGUCUCUUUGAUGAAGCAAAGAAAUUAAAUUGUUUAGGAGAAACUACAAAUGAUACAAAACAAUUCAAUAUUAUAGUUUAUUUUUUUUCUGUUUUUUUAAAUAUAUUUUCAUAUAAAAAAAGUGUCAGUAACUGACAUCAGUCAGAAGUUUGAAAAAAAAAAA